CUGAUUCAGUCAUUUUACUCAGCAUAUGUUUAUGUUUAUGUUUACUCUUACUUUAGUCAAAUGUGAAAUGCAUACCUUUCGUGCAGUUUUACAUAAAAGAUCCGAGUACUUGGAGAUAUGAAACCGUGCCCAGGGGAGAACCAACGUCGGGUUUUGAUGACGCCAUCACUGGGACUUUCCGGAUACGUCAUUCGGGGCUUCCGAGUUACUAAGCUAGCGCUACUUCUGUGUUCAUGUCGUUAGACACCGUAAACGUCGCCUCGUUGCUCUGGGGUCCACACCACAAGAGACCAUGAACACUCCAACGGCUCCCAACUGCGCCGAAAGGUUUAAAUAUUGAGGCCUCGGCCUCGGGAGCGACGGUCAGACUGCGAGGCGGAAUGUCAACAACGCGGCCCUUACUCGGAAUGAGGCGAGUCGCCGAGCUAACGUGCGCUGAGCAGCCGGCCAGCGGGCUCCCUGCGUCCGCGGGGAGGCAGCAGCUCGAGGCCCUCACUUUGGACGAGUUCACAGUACUAGAGGAUAAACAAGACGAGCUGAAGUGCGCCAAGGCUCGAGUGGAGCAGGUUUUUAAAGUAACGUUCACAAUCAUCGGUCUGUUGGACCACACGGGGCAGCCGUACGGCAGCAAAACAACGCGGCAGAUAUGGCUGCAGCUCCGGGGAACCAGAGACGACGUGUCGAAGGCAAAGGAAUAUGUUCGAGGACUCUGUGACCCAGAACUACAGAAAGAAGAGCGGUACCCAGCGGACAUGCACUGUAUUUUUGCUGGUGCCCGGGGCCUCUUCCUGGACAGACUCGUACGGGACACAAGCGCUGAAGUUGUGGUGCCUGAGCCGGGCCGCCUGCGGUUGUUGGGCCGGGCUGAACCCGUAGUGAUGGCCCAAAGCAGGAUUCAGCAAUUUGUAGCACUAUUCCAGGAAAAGCAAAGUCUGCCGAGUGAGAGGGAGCCCAAGGUGAAGCGAGCGUUCAAGUCCUUUGUGGAGGAAAGGGAUGACAAGUACACGAUGGAGCUUCUCCUGCUGCCCAGUGCCCUGAAGGAAGAGUUACUGGGACUGGCUCAUAGCCCCACUACCACGCACACAUCCCCCCGGAUUCCGCUCAACCAGGCGCUGCAUCCCAGCAUGGCCGAGAUCGACCAGGACCGCUCGCAGAGUAGCACCCCUGUGACGGAGCUCUCCAACCAAAUCCUCGGCACCAGCUUUGAGGAGAAGGGGAGCGGCGCGCCUUUUGCAUGCGGAGGAGGCAAAGUGGGAGGAGCGCCGGGCCCGGGUCCCGAGGCCGUCCUGUUCAACGGCACUCGGCCCUCGCACAAGCGCCGCUCGUCCGAGAGCGAGCCUCGCGACACAAAGAGACAGUACUCCCUGGAGCGCAGGGACGAGUCGCCGGAGAGGGCGAGAGAGAGGGAGCGACAGCGGGACAGAGAGGGCUGGGGGGGCAGUAGCAGCUGUAGAUCCAAAACCCCAUCGACUUCUUUCUCCCUCUCCUCCUCCUCCUCCUGCUCCUCCUCCUCCUCCUCCUCCUCUUCAGGGAAAGCGAACACUGUAAACGUUGCCAUCAUGUUGGACUCGUGCGAAGGGGUCUUGGAAGACGGGGAGGCCGUUAGCCCAGAAACCAACCUCCGCUGCUUGGUCAACUUCUUCAGAACUAUGGGUUACCAGCAGGAAGUGGUGGAACGUGUCGUCAAGGAGACGGGACAGACGGAAGAUACCUUCCUCGUUCUGGAGAAAAUAGUUGAGGAAACCAAGCGUUGUGAGGAGGGCUCAAGCGGUGGGCAAAAAGAGAGACGAUUGAACUCUGUGCGCUCUCCGGACACUCCCUCGUCCUCAGCGCCGUUGUCUUCGUCCUCCUCUUCUAUGGUCGCUCGGUUCAAAGAGAAGGAGCGCGAGCUGAGCAGAGCGUCGGCUGACCAGGGCAGGUCUAAAGAGAACAUUAAGCCCAACCAGCAUGGAGGCAGCAGCAACGGUCUGGGGCACCGGAGGCAGUGCAGCGGCAGUGAGAGCAGCACUGCGCAGGCCAUCGCCAUCAAGAGGAGCUCCAGUGCUCAGGGAGGAGCAGGACACUACGACGUGAUUACCAUCGACGACGACGACGACGACGUCCUCGUGAACAGCAGGACAGCGGAGAGCCGGGCGUCGCGGCUGAUGACCGUGCCCCACCUGGACAGCCAGUCUGCAUCCAGAACGGACUACUUUGCGAGGGGAGGGGGAGGCGGAGGCGUCGCACAGAGGGACUUCCUGUCGAGGGGGGGGACUCAGACUUUGGGGGGAGCGGUGAAAGUCGAGGCGGUGACGGCGCUGCGCAGCACGCCGCAGUGGUUCACGGCCAACACCACCUCCUUAACGUCGACCGCCAGUUCAGCCCAGCCCUCCUCCCGGCCCUCGCCCUCUCCCUAUCAGACCAUCAGCCACACGGGGUUCCAUGGGGUCGGAGCCAGGACCCCACCUGCAAACGACCCCCCCGUCCCCCCGGUGACCGGCUUCGCUCGUUUCCAUCAGUCGCUGCGGACUCCGUACAGUCUGAAGUUGCCAAAUGAGCCGGGACGUCAGGAUCUCCGACACAUAAUCAUAGACGGCAGCAACGUGGCCAUGGCUCACGGCCUCCAUCGCUUCUUCUCUUGUCGAGGAAUAGCGCUGGCAGUGGAAACCUUUUGGAGGCUCGGCCACAGGGAGAUCACCGUCUUUGUCCCCCAGUGGCGUCAGAAAAGAGACCGCUCCACAACAGAGCAACAUUUUCUAAACCAACUAGAAGACCUGAGACUGCUCUCCUUCACUCCCUCCAGAGAGGUGUGUGGCCAGAGGAUAUCCUCACAUGACGACAGGUUCCUGCUCCACCUAGCAGAAAAAACCGAGGGGAUCAUCGUAACCAAUGACAACCUGAGGGACUUUGUCGACACCUCAGAUACCUGGCGCAAGAUCAUUCAAGAGAGGUUGCUUCAGUUUACAUUUGUGGAGGACCACUUCAUGAUCCCUGACGACCCUCUGGGGAAGCACGGCCCUCAUCUUAACAUCUUCCUCCGUAGAGGCCGGGGGGCUUCGCCUGCACACGUUUCUGCGUCCGAGCCGAGAGGAAACCCGCGGAGGGCUCCAGUCUCCCCCCCACCUCUGAGGCCCUCAGACCUCCGGCCUCCCUCCAAGCAGCCGGUCUACGUCCAGGCGCUGCACUCCGCCCCCCGCCCCCCCGCCUCCACCCACCGCCCCCCUCCCUCCCUGGCGCCCCCCGAUUGGUACCCGCCCCGCCGCUCCCCUUCCCCCUCGCCCUCACCCCCUCCCCAGCGGUCGCCGGUGGAGACGACGGAGCUGAAGAGGAAGCUGUACGACAUCUUCCCCGACCAGAAGCAGCGGAUCGACCGCAUCCUCAGCGACAACCCGUACAUGAGAGACCUGAACGCCCUGUCGGGGCUGCUGCUGGGGUGAAAACAUCAAGGCGUAUGUCGAGAAUACACCCGUCGGCGGAAAAAACAAUAAAACAAUUCAUUUCGCCAUUUCUUCCAGCCUGAAGGCCAUGGGAAGUUUUUGAUUUUUUUUUAAAAUCAAAUUUACCGCACAGGCCGAUCGUCUGAUCAGCUGCUAUCGACACAAAGUCGUUUUUCGGGCGGGUAUUUUUCCCGCCUUCUUUUUUGCUUUUAAAAAGUUGGAUGAGCAACACGUCCACAACCAAAAUCUUAAUAAAAAAAAAAGACUUGUCGGUGAUGUCCGGAGGUUCCUUCAAUGUGGGACCAGCACAGGAAGAAAAGGUUGUGGACCAACAGCAGUGAAGUGGUUUCCUUUCCAAAGCCUGGUUUCCAUGGGACUCUAUUGGUUUCACAUUGGGUUCAGGACCGUCUUGCAUGUUCUACAUUUGUUACGUUCUCUAACAGUCUGGACCAACUUUUUAAACUUGAUUUGACAGUGAGCAGUUUCAGCAGUCAGUUAUUUGCUUUUUUUUUUCUUCUUUUGGCUUAUUUUUGAUUACUAGCUUUCCCCAAAAGUUGAAUUUGGAUAUCGGACAAAUUUUACAACAUUGUAUAAACACUAGAUAUGAGUAAAGCCAGUAUUUGAAAGCGAUACCGAUGGGCAGUGGCAAUGUGUAUUCCCUUCAUCAUUUCUGAUGUAGUUCACUAUACGUAGUAUACAUGAUGCAUAACUACAGCUGAAUGUAUUAUUAUUAUUAUUCUCACUUGGCAAUCCUCUACCCAUAUUAAAGAAGCACUGCCCAUCUGUAUCCCUUUGAAAGGUUUCCUGUACCUCUCGGCCGUCUCUUUGAAACCAGAUGUCAUGAUUACAUGAUUACAACUAACCCAAACGCUGCUUUGGCCUUCUUGUGUUUACGAUGGGCCGCGUUGGAGAGGCUGUACCGUCGAAUUUCAUUGUUUGGCAGAAAUUGGCUCUGUAAUCAGAAACCCAUUGUGGUAGGGUCUGAGGGCCAUCACUGUGACGUUCCCGUGUCCUCUGACCUCUCCGUGCUGCUGCUGUUUAAAGAAGAUCUCUGAGAAGCUCCAGAACAACUCCGCUGCUGAGACUUGAGACUGAAUUUGCUGCUCCAAUUUGGAAGUUGAUUGAUUCGGCCGUUCCAGUUGGGUCAACGUUGACCCCGUGUGUUUUGCUCCCUGUUAUCCGCCUCAUGCUUUAGGCAAUACGUUUGUAAGCACCACACUACAAGGGUUUGGAUGUAUCAUUUAUUAAUUUGAGUUUUGAUCCACCUAAAUUUAAAAUCAUUUGUGAAAUUUGGAAACUGUGCAUUGUCAUGAUACAUAUUUUGUGUUAAAUAGCUAAAUUCAAUGCACUGAAAGUAAGUUUGGUGUAGUGAUUAAAAGAAGCUUUCAUUGAUGAACCGGCAGAGGUCUUGUGGUGUUUUUCUUCUCUUUUUUUUUUACCCUCGUACACGCAGACAAUGCGUGCUGCAGCUUUGCAUAUUUGUUGUGCAUCAGAGGUUUGUAAUGUAAACACAUUUGUAAGAAAAAAUCACUGCACAAACCUUUUACAAGAUGUCUAAAAGUAGAAUUUGUUUGUUGUAAGGAUCACUGAAGGAUUUUUUUUUUCUUCUUGUAAUAUAAUUAUUUUGUGUAUAUUGGUUUUACUUUUUUGUAAAUUCAAGUUGUUUUUUUUUUUGCUACGGUGCACAUAUGGUUUUGUGUAUGUGGAAAAAAGAAAAUAAAAACGGCAGUCCCAAUCAAUGUUUUUUGAGAGUAGUUUUUGUGUUCACUCAUCUACCAUGUUUUAAAUGAUUGUUUCUUUAAUGCAUUUUUCAGAGGCAGUGAUACGGUGUUUUGGUAUUUCCAAAAUGUUGAACCCUUAUGUAUUAUACUUUUAUAGUUAUAAGUUAACAACAUAAUGCAAGCCUUUUCAUAGAUUUAUUAAUGAAUUGGCAGUUUUAAGUUGUUCAACUUUUUGAUCUAUGUUCCUAUAUCAAUGUUUUUGUAAAUCCUCUUUUUUUUGUGUUUUGGAGACCUGUUUUGGAUACAUUGUGUGAAUAAAGAAAAAAACACUGACAA